AUGGAAAUUCGAAGCCGACGGGCCUCUGCUUCCAGAAAAGGGAUUCCUGUCGCCGGGCCGACUGGGAGCAAGCAAGAGGACAACGGUAGCUCGGUUUCUAAACAAAUUUCAGAUAUUGGAUCCUACGGUCCACAGAAGCCAGAUUCAAUUCUGUUGGAUGUCAACAGCUUUCUCCAGGCCGGGAUGGAGCAUCGUCAGUGUAAUGGCAUCAUACACUCUGCACUCAUCUUCGGCGUGCACGUCUCGUUCAUCCCGCAUAUGGUCUGGGACGUUGCGACCCUAGGGAGCUCGUGGCUUGAGUCCAUGUGGGGAUCGGCUGCUCCGUUCUCCCAAUGCGUCGAACCCCGGAAAGGAGGAUGUCGUGUUAUAAGCUCUACGCGAGUCAUGACGCCUGCAAGCCGGGAGUCUAGACGAAGAGACUUGGGGAGUUAUCUGGAUGAUGCUGGGAGCGUAUUACUGUGCGCUUUAGGUUUGAGAUUCAGAAUUCGGAUUUUGACGGGAAGUGCGAUGAAGGCUGUGAUCCAGGUCAAGUAUCCGAAGGCCCAUGUGCCCUCAUAA